GCCGUCGGACGGGCGGGAAGGGGCGGCCGCUCGGGCAGGAUGGCGGCUGCGGCAGCGGCGGUGGGCGCGGGCGCCGGCGCUGGUGGCCAGGGUGCGGCGGGCAGUGGCGGCGGGGCGCGCGAGGGUGCGCGGGUGGCAGCACUGUGCCUGCUGUGGUACGCUCUGAGCGCGGGCGGCAACGUGGUCAACAAGGUGAUUCUGAGCGCCUUCCCGUUCCCGGUGACCGUGUCGCUGUGCCACAUCCUGGCGCUGUGCGCGGGACUCCCGCCGCUCCUCCGCGCCUGGCGUGUGCCCCCCGCGCCGCCUGUCUCGGUCCCCGGGCCAGGCCCGCAUCCAUCGGCCGGCCCGCUGCUGCCGCCACGCUUCUACCCCCGCUACGUGCUGCCGCUCGCCUUUGGCAAGUAUUUUGCGUCCGUGUCAGCGCACGUCAGCAUCUGGAAGGUGCCCGUGUCCUACGCGCACACUGUCAAGGCCACCAUGCCCAUCUGGGUAGUCCUCCUGUCCCGGAUCAUCAUGAAGGAGAAGCAGAGCACCAAGGUGUACUUGUCACUCAUCCCCAUCAUUAGCGGCGUCCUGCUGGCCACCGUCACUGAAUUGUCAUUUGACAUGUGGGGACUCGUCAGUGCCCUUGCUGCCACACUGUGCUUCUCGCUUCAGAACAUAUUCUCCAAAAAGGUAUUGAGAGAUUCACGGAUCCACCAUCUCCGCCUGCUGAACAUCCUGGGCUGCCACGCUGUCUUCUUUAUGAUCCCUACAUGGGUCCUGGUGGACCUCUCAGCUUUCCUGGUCAGCAGUGACUUGACCUAUGUCUCCCAGUGGCCCUGGACACUCCUGCUCCUGGCUGUGAGUGGCUUCUGUAACUUUGCCCAGAAUGUCAUUGCCUUCAGCAUCCUCAACCUCAUCAGCCCCCUGAGCUACUCCGUGGCCAACGCCACAAAGAGAAUCAUGGUCAUCACAGUGUCCCUGAUCAUGCUGCGCAACCCAGUCACCAGCACCAAUGUACUGGGCAUGAUGACAGCCAUCCUGGGGGUCUUCCUGUACAACAAGACCAAGUAUGAUGCAAACCAGCAAGCCAGGAGGCACCUGCUCCCGGUCUCCACGGCAGACCUGAGCAGCAAGGAGCGCCACCGGAGCCCACUAGAGAAGCCCAACGGCAUCCUCUUCCCCCAAUAUGGGGACUAUCAGUAUGGCCGCAACAACAUCCUGACAGAUCACUUUCAGUACAGCCGGCAGAGCCACCCAAACGCGUGCACUUUGAACCGCUAUGACGUAUAGAGUGCAGAGGCUGGGGCAGGACAUCCUGCGACCCCUGCCCCUGUGCCCCCAGCAGCAUUGCGACUUCUGACAAGCAGUGAAUGUACCACCCUGCUGAGAGAACGGUGCGCGACUUACCAUCAGGAGACCCUGGGGUUUCUGGCUGCCAAGUGGGCAGCCGGGGACAUGAGUACAGCACGGACGGUGGUGGGCUCUGGGCAGAGGGAGAUCCGAAUGGAGACCGGUGACGCUCUUUCUUCCUGGAGUCUGUCAUCACGGGCCGUGACCCCACGGAGCUCUUGGCCAGAUUUCACCUUUCCGCGUGGAGUUCUUCCUCAAGCAGUGUGUUUCACACUUCUUGCUCAGCUUUCCAGGGGACAUCCUGGACCAGAGAAGGGAGAUCACUGUGGACACAGACCUGGGAGCAAGCACGAGCUGAUGUCCUGGGGGGUCAAGGAGAGGAUCGUAGGGUAGUGCUUGAGGAUGACAGGCUAGCUGCUUUAAUUCACUGCUUGGACACGCAGAGGACCAACAUGGGCAUCGUGCAGGCAAGUGGCCUGGGAGAGUUACUCCAGACACCCUGGCAACCAGGAUGGACCCAGCACCCCAGGCAGCCCCCAGGCAGCCCCCAGGCUGUUGGCAGUUACAGGCAAGCACCGCGGAGUGAGCGCCUCGCAGGUGGCACUGAAUUCCUGGGCUUGAGUCUUUGACUGCAGGUUGGAGUCAGAGCCCACCCAAAUCCAGGGGAAGGGAAAUGGCGUCUCCAUCGUCCACCUUUCUCUUCCCUUUCCAGAGCAGGGCACGUCCCCUCUCCAGGCAGCACACAGGAUCUUUAGGAAUCAUGUGUCUCAAGCUGUGUUUCUGUGGUCCUUGUCUUUUUGUACGAGUCUUGGCCGCUUCAGUGAUGACUUGGAAGGCUGUUUGUUGGGGAGAUCUUGAUUUCAUGAGGAUCUUGCAUUUUUCUAAGGAAUAUUUUAUAGUUGUGUGAUUUUAUGCCACGGUCCCCAUUAGGGGACACAGCAAGACUGGCUUAUGGAUCAGAAUUCAUCAUUUCUAAACGUUUAAAAAGAAGAAAAGUUCCUACUGGUGAUGCCUAUCUGACUAGUUUGGUAAUAAGCAAGAAGCAGCGAAGUGUUCUGAAGCUUUUCUCUUGAUGACCACAAUCACUGAAAAUGGAUGGAGUCCAGAAUAUUAUCUCAAUAUUUUGUGUGACAACACCGUCAGUGGUUUGCGUCCAUGAUCUGCUUCUGUGUUGUGUGUACGUUAGGAUGAACCAUCUCCUAGAUAGGGGAGAAGCGGGAGCACCAAGCUAGGGUUUUGUUUGCCAAAUCAGAUUCUUUGGUUAAUAAUGCAUUUGGGAGCUGGGCACAGCGGCACGUACCUAUGGUCCCAGCUACUAGGGAAGCUGAAGCAGGAAGAUCCCCUAAACCCAGAAGUUGAAGGCCAUCCUGGGCAACAAGGUGAGACCCUGCCUCAAAAAAGCUUUUAAAAGUUUGGGUUUGGGCAGAAUCAUAUCAGGAAAAUUAUAGGACCCCAGGAUGGCAAGGUCCCCAUUGUGGCCUUAGUCUUUUUUGGCAUCACGAAGGGGCCGUGCCCUCACAGAGGGGACCACUGGCUUGGCUUCUGCGGUCUUUUUGAUGAUAACUGCCCUUCUUUCUUCAGCACUGUUCCCAACCUCCAGGUACAUUUGGGGACAGUGGGUCACGGAUAGGACACCAAUUCGCCCUUUAUCUCCUGUUAAAUGCAGUGUUUACCCAUUCAGAGAGGAAGUAACACUGCUUCUGCUUGACUCCUGGUUUUGUUGGGUUUUAUUUUGUGUUUUGCUGUUGAUAAUUGGAAUUUUGUAUUGAAGAGGUUCAGUUUUGUCUGCUUAUGAAUGGGCCUUCCUCCUUGUCUAAGUUUACUCAUCAGCGGGCGGCCUCAGGAGAAUCCCUGUUUGUCCGUCUGUGGUUCACUUGCUUAAUACAUAUUUUGAUCCCAGGUUUUAAGACAAUUGCUAGGUAAAAUAGGAAGAAACAGUCCUGCCGAGCGCCUUCACCAGAAGCUGUGGAGCCUGCGGCUGAACUGUUCUCCCUGGUGAAUGCAGUCCUGCACUGCAAAGGUGUUAUGGUAGUUGUUUACGAUUAUAGUUAAGUGAUUCCUCAAACAUAUCAUUCAACUCCAAAAUGAAUUAUGCCUCUAUUUGGAUUUAAUGAAAUUUCUAAUGUUACUGAAAUUUGCAUAUUAACUUGUUUUCCUUUUCCAAAGCAAGAUCUGCUGGUGAGAGGAACUCACCAUAAAACUGUCUGGUUUUAUUAUGGUUUAUAAAUUAAUAAAUGGGAUAUUUAAUUCUGUACAUAAAUUUACAGCAAGUACAUACACUGGAAUGAAUGAGACAAUCAUGUUAGAUCAGCUUGUCAGAUCAAAAGAUAAAAAACACGUCUUGAAGGUUCCAAGUUGACACUGGGACUUUCUGAGGCUGGUGCCCUUGCCCGCUGCCCUCUCCUCCUUGAGUGGGCAGCUCUGUGCCCCUCUCCCUCCUCACUGCUGGGGUUGCAGUACUUGACCCUUCCGUGAUGUGGUCUGGCCUGUGACAACUCCUACCCAACUCCUUCAUUUGACAGAAGGAGAAAACGGCUUAGAGGGCAUUUUUGAAUAGUGUUUGUUCACUAUUGUGACUUGGUAUGAAAUUUUUAUGCACCUUAUUUUAAGUCAUUCAUUUUAGGGGAAAUCAGACCCUUAUGACAAAGGAGAUAAGCCAAAUAACAUUCAAAUGAGGAAGUACUUAAGUUUCUGAUUUUGCUCUGUAUCUAGUCUAUGCCAUGUAUCAGAUCCUUUAUUACCUCUGGGACAUAACCAGACCCGAAUACCUUAAGGUCUUACAGCCUUAAGAAUCCAGAACAUUAAUUUAUUAAAAGACCUGAAAAUUCCUAGAUUCGUUUUCUAAAUUGUCACCUGUUUGCAAGACUUCAAUGGUAUCGACUGUUCUGUGGGAAUAACUGUAUAUUCAUGAUGGCGUUUACCAAAAAUAAAUGAUGGUCUCCAGGGAA